AUGCAUGAAUGGAAAGAGGUGUCAAAGAGGAAAGAAGUGGUUUUGGGGAAGAGUGCUAAAACCAUGGAUAGGAAAAGCUCCAAAGCGACAAUCAAUAUUAAUAGUUUUGUGGCGUUAAGUGAUCAUAAGGAGAUAAGGGGUGAUGGGAGUAGCAUUAGGGGUGAAUUGGGAAAGAGUUGCAAAAGUAGGGAGGGUGGCGUGAGUAGGGAAAAAGAAAAUGUAGAUCCUCCUAAUUGCGAGCAGGUUGCACUUGAGAUUAGAUUAACUAAUGAGGAGGAUAAUUGUGGGAAAANCUGGGUUGUAGGGCUCAAGGAAUUUGCUCAUCCUGCAAGGGAGCUUUUCAAUGUAGUAGGUUCAAUAGGACCAAGCUUUUUCCUUGCAGCUGCUAUGUUUGGUUUGGUGUUUCAAAUUGGUUCUUUGGUCACUGAGAAGGAGCUCAAACUUCGCCAGGCAAUGACUAUGAUGGGUCUUUAUGACUCUGCCUACUGGUUAUCAUGGCUAUCAUGGGAGGGAAUUAUUACGUUUUUUUCAUCACUCUUCAUAGUUCUUUUUGGAAUGAUGUUCCAAUUUGAUUUUUUCUUGAACAAUAGUUUUGCAGUCUUGUUCUUUAUGUUCUUCCUUUUUGAACUCAAUAUGACUGGCUACGCCUUCAUGUUUUCAUCAUUGAUUAGCAAGUCGUCGUCGUCCACAACAGUGGGUUUCUCCCUAUAUAUAGUUGGCUCUUUGACUCAGGUGGUUACAAUUUUCGGUUUCCCCUACUCUGAAAAAUUUUCUAGUUCAUAUAGAACCACAUGGUCAUUGUUCCCACCUAAUCUUCUUGCCGAAGGCCUAAAUCUGCUUGCUGAUGCAACUUCCUCACCUGGAGAUAUUGGGAUAAGUUGGAGUAGAAGGGUAGAGUGUGCCCCAAAUAAUACAGAGUGUGUGAUAACAAUUAAUGAUAUCUACAUGUGGCUUUUGGCAACAUUUUUUGCAUGGUUUUUAUUGGCUAUCUACUUCGAUAAUAUAAUUGCAAAUUCAGCUGGUGUGAGGAAACCAAUGUUUUACUUUUUAAACCCCUGGUAUUGGACAGGGAAAGGUGGAAGCAAGCCUGAAGAGGGUGGCAUUUGUAGUUCUAUCGGUUCAGUCCCUCCACUGGAACAUAUUACUCCUGAUGACGAAGAUGUUCUUGAAGAGGAAAACAUUGUUAAACAGCAAAGUAGGGAAGGUGUUGAGCCGAAUGUGGCAGUUCAAAUACGUGGCCUUGUAAAGACAUAUCCUGGGACGAGGAAGAUAGGUUGCUGUAAAAGCAAGAAGACUCCACCUUACCAUGCUGUUAAGGGUUUAUGUGUAAACAUUGCAAAGGAUCAAUUAUUUUGUCUUCUUGGACCCAAUGGUGCUGGAAAAACUACAACAAUCAGCUGUUUGACUGGCAUAACACCAGCGACUGGCGGAGAUGCACUAAUUUAUGGGAAUUCCAUUGGAAACUCUGUUGGUAUGUCAAAGGUUCGGAAAAUAAUAGGAGUUUGUCCCCAGUUUGAUAUUCUUUGGAAUGCAUUAUCUGGUGAAGAGCAUCUCCAACUCUUUGCUAGUAUCAAAGGCCUACCUUCUGAUUCAAUCAAAUCGGCUACUGAGAACUCAUUAGCAGAAGUGAGGCUCACUAAGGCAGCCAAAGUAAGAGCUGGGAGUUACAGUGGAGGCAUGAAGCGUCGCCUGAGUGUUGCAAUAGCUCUUGUUGGUGAUCCGAAGUUAGUCAUUCUGGAUGAGCCGACUUCUGGAAUGGAUCCAAUAACAAGGAGGCAUGUGUGGGACAUAAUACAAGAUGCAAAGAAAGGUCGUGCCAUUAUCCUGACAACACACUCAAUGGAAGAAGCUGAUAUUCUAAGUGACCGCAUAGGAAUAAUGGCAAAGGGUAGGCUCCGCUGUAUUGGAACCUCAAUCAGAUUAAAAUCGCGGUUUGGUACUGGUUUUGUUGCUAAUGUCAGUUUCACUGAAAGCAAAAGUGAACAAAGUCCUUCUAACAGGCCAGAAACAGUUGCAACACCUCAUCAUGAUGCAGUGAAGCAGUUCUUCAAAAAUCAUCUAGAUGUAGUACCGAAAGAGGAGAACAAAGCAUUCCUGACAUAUAUCAUCCCUCAUGAUAGAGAGGAGCUUUUGACGAAUUUUUUUAAGGAGCUGCAAGAUAGAGAAAGAGAAUUUGGUAUAGCCGAUAUUCAAUUAGGUCUUUCAACACUGGAAGAAGUUUUCUUAAAUAUCGCGAAACAAGCAGAACUAGACAAUGCUGCAGCUGAGGGGAGGUUGGUCACUCUAAACUUGUCAUCAGGGGCCUCAGUUGAGAUACCUCCGGGAGCAAGGUUUGUGGGGAUCCCAGGAACAGAAACUGCAGAGAAUCCUAGAGGCAUAAUGGUUGAAGUAUACUGGCAGCAAGAUGAUUAUGGUGCCCUCUGCAUUUCUGGUCACUCUACCGAAACUCCUAUACCUCCUAAUGUGCAGUCACUAGCUCUGUCAGCAUCAACUUCCCAAAGAAGUUUCUUAGGGCAACAAAGGCCAGUUCAUGGAGUUGUGCUUGAUCCCAGUCAGAUUGAUGCUAUAACGUCUUCGUAA